GAUUAAACUUUUAUACGAAUUUAUUAUUCCAUGCAUGAUUAAAUUUUUAUAAAAAUGUAUAUUGUCGACGUUUCUCAACGUGCACCCGAGAUUUCAAACAAAUUAGAGAAUUCUAUAUGUAAAGAUGGAUACUUGCAACCAAAAAGAGCUCGUUCUACGUUAUAUUAUCAACCUUAUAAGAGACCAACUUUAAAACUUGAAUCAGACACGACGUAUAGUUUGUCUUAUUCAAAAUUGAGUUUUAUUCCUCAACCAAGGACCAGUUUUGCAAAAUACGAGAAAAUGUUAACGACGAAACCCGGAAAAAUCGAAUCUGAUACGAUAUACAAGCUCUCGUAUCUUCCUUCAACUACGAAAAAACGGAAACCCUUCAUUCCAAGAACAAAUUUGUCUAUUCAUGGUUAUCAUGAUUUGACGACCAUUAACAAAACGUCUUAUUUAAAUCCUGGAUACGUAAGAACGAUUUCUUUUAAACCGUAUCAAGGUAAAGUUCAACAAUCGAUACCGAUGGAUUGUACAACAAUAAUGAAGGAAUCUUAUCAAUAUACACCUGUUAAUGUCAAGAGACCACGGAAACGAGAGUUUUGGCAGACUAAGUUCAAGCCAGAUUAUGGAACUACGAAUAAAUUGUCGUAUCAAUAUGUAGAACCGCUUAAGAAGAGAAUUCGCGUAUUCUACAAACCGGUUAUCACCGCCAAAAUUGAAAGAGACACGAUUUAUAAUAUGAGUUAUCAGCUUCCAGGUCGCUGUAUAACUAAAUAGAUUAUGAUAGUUUUUUUUAUAUUGAAUUAUGCAAUAUCUCAGGAAAAAGACAAAAAUCAUUUUUUUUAUUAUAAAUUCUUUCAAUUAUGAUUAAUAUACUUACCCUGCAUCUGCUUGCAUGAAGAUGGGCAUAUUUUCUGCGUUAGCAGAGGAACCAAGUACGCAUACAACUUCUCCAUAAUCUUGCAUAAUGUGCAACAUUUCCCUUGUAACAGCGGUGUUGCAAUCGGUGAACAGAGAUACCAAAAGGGGUACAUUGUCUAUUAAUUCUAUGUGUGGUCGAAUCUUAUCGAUGCCUCGAGGUAGUUUUGCCUAGAUACAGGAUGUACAAAUUAAAAAUAUAGGAAAGAAAAAAAUUUUAUCGCGGGAACUCACCCUGUUCGACAAGUCAAAAUUUACAGGAGCACUUUGCUCCGUGCUGUCUGUGAGACAACUCAAAGAUCGCCAUGCUUCUUGUCCGGAACCCAGGUCUACACUUUGUACAAGCACGCUAUCUUCGCUUCUCACUGUGUCCUGUUCCCUAUAUAGAGAAUCGAUUAUUCGUUAAAUACAUUUACGAUUAUUCGUAAAGUUACGUGAUCGAAAUCGAAA